AUGGACAAGAAGAAGGUGGCGGUGCCGACGGUGUGCCAUGGGCACUCACGCCCGGUGGUGGACCUCUUCUACAGCCCCGUCACGCCCGACGGCUACUUCCUCAUCAGCGCUAGCAAAGAUUCAAAUCCAAUGCUUCGCAAUGGUGAAACUGGAGAUUGGAUUGGGACAUUUCAAGGCCACAAAGGCGCUGUAUGGAGCGCUUGCCUUGACACCAAUGCUCUGCGUGCUGCAUCUGGUUCUGCUGACUUUUCAGCAAAAAUAUGGGAUGCACUAACAGGCGAUGUGCUCCACUCCUUCGAACACAAGCAUAUUGUCCGUGCAUGUGCUUUUUCUGAGGAUACCCACAUGUUGCUUACAGGAGGUUUUGAGAAGAUUUUGCGUAUAUAUGAUUUGAACCGCCCAGAUGCAACUCCAAGAGAAAUUGACAAAUCACCUGGUUCUGUCAGAACUGUCACUUGGUUUCAUAGUGACCAAACUAUAUUAAGUUCCUGCACGGAUUUAGGUGGUGUGAGGUUAUGGGAUGUAAGGAGUGGGAAAAUUGUCCAAACACUUGAAACCAAAUCACCUGUCACCAGCGCAGAAGUAAGCCAAGAUGGUCGGUUUAUCACGACAACUGAUGGCUCAAGCGUGAAGUUUUGGGAUGCAAAUCACUUUGGACUUGUUAAGAGCUAUAAUAUGCCAUGUGCAGUGGAGUCAGCUUCUCUUGAACCGAAGUGUGGGAAUAAAUUUGUCACUGGUGGAGAAGACAUGUGGGUUCGUGUCUUCGAUUUCUUCAGUGGAGAAGAAUUAGCAUGUAACAAGGGGCACCAUGGUCCGGUCCACUGCGUACGGUUUACUCCAGUUGGUGAAUCUUAUGCAUCAGGAUCCGAAGAUGGAACCAUCCGAAUCUGGCAGUUGGGUCCAGCUAACAGCGACGAACAGGAGGCAGCAAAUGCAAACGGGAAGACAAAGGUUGGGGUAAAUGAUGUCACACGCAAGAUCGAAGGCUUCCACAUUCCUAACUCCUAA